UCGCGAUUAUUGGCGCACUAGUUUCUAGUAAAUACGAAUAAUAAAAUGUUCGGUGUACUAAUUACUAUUUUAGUUUUUCAGAGCUUCUGUACUCAUGCCCAAAUUUUCAGCUCGCCAUGGAAUUACAAAUGUACUAAUGGACAGUGUGUUAAAUUUGAAACAAUUAAAAAUGAGUCGAUAUCUUCUUUGGAAGCUUGCCAACUCCUCUGCGGCGAUGGCGGAUUGUGGCCCAAACCAACAGGCCCUUAUUACAUCGGCAAUUCUCUGGUUAAUUUGAACCCUAGUAAAAUAAAAUUACAUUUAAUCAACUCGUCUUCAAUUGCCGGGGAUCUGCUUAAGCGCAAAGUCAACGCGCUCAAGAUGAACCUAAAGAAAUUUAUCCGAAACCCGCGAAAACUUGUAGGGUUGGGUCUUGAUAUAUAUAUCAAAGGGUUGAUUAAUGACAGUGACAUGACUCUUAGGCUCAGUACCAAAGAAAGUUAUAAAUUGAAAAUAAAUAAACGCAAGAGUUCAGUAAGCGUAAUAAUAAGAGGGGAAAAUUACUUUGGAGUACGAAAUGCUCUGGAGACUUUGUCCCAACUGAUAGUUUUCAAUGAUUUUGUUGAUAAAAUUCAAAUAGCGACGAACGUUUCUAUAAUUGACGGUCCAGUUUACCCCUAUCGUGGAAUUUUACUGGAUACGAGCCGCAAUUAUAUCAGUAAAGAAGAAAUAUUGAAGACUAUUGAGGCCAUGGGAAUGUCGAAACUGAAUACAUUCCAUUGGCAUCUGUCAGACUCACAGAGUUUUCCUUACGUCAGUCGAUCCUGGCCAAAUAUGUCUAGAUACGGAGCUUAUUCGUCCAAUAAAAUCUACACUGAGAAAGAUAUCAAGGAGAUCGUUAGCUUUGGGAUUUAUCAGGGCGUCCGAGUGAUUCCAGAGCUGGAUGCCCCGGCACAUGUUGGCGAGGGCUGGCAAUGGGUCGGCGAUGAUGCUCUGGCUUGUUUUCGUGGUGAGCCUUGGCCGUCAUAUUGCCAGGAACCACCUUGUGGUCAACUGAAUCCCGCUAGUAACAGAGUCUAUGAAGUGCUAGAAAGUCUUUACAAAGAUCUGAUGGACGAUUUCAAGCCGGUGGUCUUUCACAUGGGCGGGGACGAAGUGAAUAUCAACUGCUGGAACUCAUCGGAGUCUAUUAGAAAAUUUGUCAGCAAAAAAGGAUGGAGUUUAGACGCGUCUGGUUUUGUAAAACUUUGGCUUUUAUUCCAACAGCGCGCGUAUGAUAAAUUAAAAUUGGCUGGUGGUGGUGAAGAAGUCAAGGCUGUUUUGUGGACGAGUAAGCUCACUGAUGAAAAUAAUAUUGAGUAUUUGGACCCUGAUAAAUAUAUAAUUCAAAUAUGGACGGCAGCUUAUGAUGACACGAUCAGCAGACUUUUGCAGAAUGACUUUCAAGUCAUUUUUUCAAACUACGACGCGCUUUAUCUUGACUGCGGCUUUGGAGCUUGGAUUGGUGAAGGAUCCAACUGGUGUUCGCCUUACAAAGGAUGGAAAAAAAUUUACGAAAAUUCUCCUCUGAAAAUAGUUAAGGAACACGGGGUUGAAAAUAAAAAACAUCUGAUUCUUGGUGGAGAAGUUGCGUUAUGGACGGAACAAGUUGACAGUACUUCAGUAGAUUCACGUCUGUGGCCCAGAUCAGCAGCUCUGGCUGAAAGAUUGUGGGCAGAGCCAUCAUCAUCAUGGAGAAAUGCAGAACCACGCAUACUCCGUCAUCGCGAACGUUUGGUAACCCGUGGAAUUUUAGCUGAUAGUUUAGAACCAGAAUGGUGCAGACAAAAUCCAGGGAACUGCAACUAGAAAAUAAAAUUUUAAAAUCCACACUUUUAUUUUAUUUUUAUAAAAAAAGAAUUGACCAAUAAUUUAGAUAUCAAGAAUAAAAAAAUAAGUACGUGCCUAAAUUUUUCAAAGUCGUUUAAAAAUAAUUUGUCUUAUUGUCUUAUCUGUUAUUAAUUAAUUUUAAUGAGUUUAUUAUUUCUAGUUUGACGUAGAUCAUUAACUUUUAACAAAUAACUGAGACUCAUGGUUUAACUUAUCAGUAAAAUGAUGAUAUAUACCCGCGUUAAAUCAAUGCCCCCAAGUUAAUAAUAAUUACUUUAAAAACAGAUUUUAUUUAAACAAGUCUUCAUUCAACAGAGUGAGCUUAACUGCUGCGUCUUAACGAUCUAGUAAUUAAUUAUAAAUAUUUAAGAUGGCGAGCAAGUGUUACAUAUUUGAAAUACUGUUUGUGUGUAUAAUGUUACAAGUAUUACAAACUGUGACAUCAUCACAAGUUUUAUGUUCAAUUAAACUUCCAGAGGAUAAUCAAGAGAUCCAGUACUUUACUAAAGAAGCCAUAAAAUUAAUUCCAGCGUUUCGCAGAAGUCAAAGAGAGAUAAUAGUUUUACAAAUCUUUGACCCAUCCUUGUACAUUACUUCUGAUGAAAGGCGGUAUGAAUUUUAUGUUAUAUAUAAAAGAACUAUGUGCGACAAGGGACAAUUGAAAGAUUCUUGCUUAAACUUAAAUUAUUGGUAUGGAAAACAGUACUGCAAAAUUAAAGUGUAUACAAAAGCUGCUGAACCCAUUACGGCUGAAUGUAGCCACCGAAUGAAUGUGUACUUCUAUAUUAAAAUAUUUGGUCAUCCUAAAAACUAAAGUUGUAUUGAUUGUAAUUAACACUGCAUUGUUAAAAUAAUUAUUAAAGCUUGAAAAUAAAAUUUCAAAAUGUUAUUUAAA